UACGUGACCUUUAUAAAGCCAAAGCCGCGAUGACGGGGUCGACUGUGCCGGAGUUUAAUGAAAAAUCCAUGCUUACGGGGUGAAAAUGGCAGGCUUCCUCGAUAAUUUCCGUUGGCCAGAAUGUGAAUGUAUUGACUGGAGUGAGAGAAGAAAUGCCGUGGCUUCUGUGGUAGCAGGCAUAUUGUUUUUUACAGGUUGGUGGAUAAUGAUUGAUGCUGCCGUGGUGUACCCUAAGCCAGAGCAGUUGAACCAUGCCUUUCAUACGUGUGGUGUGUUCUCCACAUUGGCUUUCUUCAUGAUAAAUGCUGUGUCCAAUGCUCAGGUGAGAGGUGACAGCUAUGAAAGCGGCUGUUUAGGAAGAACAGGUGCUCGAGUUUGGCUCUUCAUUGGUUUCAUGUUGAUGUUUGGAUCACUUAUUGCUUCCAUGUGGAUUCUCUUUGGUGCAUAUGUUACCCAAAAUACUGAUGUUUAUCCAGGAUUAGCUGUGUUUUUUCAAAAUGCACUUAUAUUUUUUAGCACUCUGAUCUACAAAUUUGGAAGAACUGAAGAGCUUUGGACCUGAGAGCACUUCUUAGAGCACACUUCCUUUUCUUUUGUUAUAUUUGUAGAUAAGUUUUCUUCCCUCGACAUGAUUUACACAUUGCCAAAUGGGAUAGAUUGUACAUUAAAUGUUCUGUUUCUUUACACUUCUGUGCUCUGAGUUUUAAAAUAGUUUGAUGAAGUUUCUGUGCUUUUUUAAAAAUCAUUUAAUAGAUUGUUAAUAUGUAUAUAAUAUAAAACUAUAUGGAUGGGAUAAGAAUCAGUUUUUUAUUCCUGAAGACUUAAAAGCUUGAUCUAUUCCUUGAGCCAGGGUUAUAUCUUCAUGUCAUUUUAAGAGUUAACCAUUGUGUUUUAGUAUCUUUAAUUUCUGAAGAUGUGCAAAAAAAAAAAAAAAAUACAGCUCCAUGUACCUGAAAUAAGCACUGAGCCAUUAGAAAGGAUAUUUCAGCAAGUUGUAAUUUAUUUUGGCUUAAAAAUGAGAUUUUUUAAAGGAAAGGUGUUUGUUCAUAUGUAUUAAAGAAGUGGACUUUUAUAUGAAGACUUUUUAAAUGCCUGAAGGACCAGUUUGAAAGCCUCUUUUAAAGACAAUUCCUCCAAUGUGACUUUAUUUGAGAACGAAUAAUACGAGGUCAAAUAAGCUCAGCUUCAUAUGGUUAAUGUGAAAAGGCUGUAAGGCAGCUCAGCAACAUGCUUCUUGUAAAAGCAGCUGCAGGGAUCCAUCUAAUGGGAUUCUCUUUUGGCAGGCUGUUAUUUUCUGACAUUACAAAAUUCAGCAUCAAGCAAGUUUGAGACAAUUGCAGUCUAAAAGCAUGAACCAUAUAACAAAAACUGGAAUAAUUAGUUUCAAGAUAAAGCACUUCUCAAAGGGAAUCAUUAUGACCUAGUGAAAAAUUAGGCAUUUCUUCCACUUAGUUACCACCUGAAAGUGUCUCUCUGCGGUAGCUCUUGCACUUUGGGUGAACUCUUCCUGCAAAAUAUAUCUUUAACCUGAAAGUCCAUAUUCCAGUCGAAACCUUCUUUUGCUGAGUUUGAAACACUUUUUUUGCACCGUGUGUAUUCCUAGGAGAGAUGUCAAAGCGAUGGUUGGGUCCUUAUUGCUAUGUUUGCUUUAUAGAGGCUUCGUGUUGCACUUUUUUCCUCCAGAGGGAUUUUACAGCACCUUUUGUUGUAAGACAGAAUAAUAGCAAUGGUAUUAAUAUGCAGCUUCUAACAAGCCUUAUUUUGAUUUUACCUUCUCUCCUCUCUGAGAGGAUUUACCGUGCACAGAGUAUGAAGCGGUUGUGGAAUGCUGUGCAUUUGUCUAGACGCCUUCUUGUUUCAUUACUCUUUCCAGUGUCAGUUGUCUUGCUUCCAACAACUUGUAAGACCAUUUACUGGUUGCCACUCUCUUGUAACGUGUUGCAAUAAAUAUUACUUCUCACACA